AUGAUAAAAAAGGAUUGGGUGGAGUUGCCUCCACACAGUCAAGGUUACAAGGAUGGUGUCAAUUACUUUUUGGAUAUUGCAUUCACCAAAGGAAAGGUUGAAGAAGAAGAGAUUUUGUGUCCUUGUGCUGUAUGUUGCAAUGAUAGUUGGGAAGUAAGAGAUGUAGUGUAUGACCAUUUAUGUAGCAAAGGAUUUGUAAAGGGAUACACUGAAUGGAUUUAUCAUGGUGAAGAUGAAAGCCUUAUGGAUCUGGAUGGUGAUAGUAAUGAUGAAACAUCAUCUCAUGAUGAUAUUGAUGGGUUGCUAUUUGAGACAUUUAAAGAUGCGGCUGAAGGAGGUGGAGUACAUGAAGGGCUAAAUGAAGAUGCAAAGAAAUUUUAUAAACUAGUUGAUGAUGCAAAUCAAGAGUUGUAUCCUGGUUGUGAAAAGUUUUCCUCGUUAUCAUUCACUAUUAGAAUUUAUUUGUUGAAAUGUCUCCAUGGAUGGAGCAAUGCAUCGUUCACUGCUCUCUUAGAGUUGUUGAAAGAGGCUAUGCCAGAUUUGAACAUCCCUGUCUCUUUCAAUAAAACAAAAUCUAUGAUAAAAGAUUUGGGCUUAGACUAUAAAAAGAUUGAUGCAUGUCCCAACAAUUGCAUGUUAUUUUGGAAAGAUCAUGGGAAAGAUGAUUCAUGUCAUAUUUGUGGAGCAUCAAGGUGGAUUGAAUAUCCUGAAGUUGCUAAUGAUCUUGAAGAAUCUAUAAAAGCUCACAAGGUUCCUGCCAAAGUUCUAAGACAUUUUCCUUUGAUUCCAAGAUUGAAAAGACUUUUUAUGUGUUCAAAGACAGCCGACACAUUGAGAUGGCAUGCCGAGCAUCGUUCAAGGGAUGGGAAGUUAAGGCAUCCGGCCGAUGCCCAAGCAUGGAAAGACUUUGAUGCCAAACAUUCAGAUUUUGCUUGUGAAACUCGUAACAUAAGACUUGGGUUGCAAGGUAUCAAUGAAGAUGUAGAAAAUGAUGAUAUCAAUGAUGAAAUUCAAGAGGACGACGUAGAUAGUGAAAUUCAAGUGGACGACGUAGAUGACGAAUUUCAAGAGGACGGUGUAGGUGACGAAUUUCAAGAGGACGACACAAAUCUAGAUGAUGAAUUUCAAGAGGACGACAUAGAUCUAGAUGAUGAAUUUCAAGAGGACGAUAUAGAUGGUGAAUUUCAAGAGGAAGACGUAGAUGAAGAAUUCUUGGAAGAAGACAUGUGUGAUGAAUUUCAAAAAGACGGUGUGGGUGAUGAAUUCGAAGAAGAAAAACUUAAAUGA